AUGUCAGAGAAGUCUCUCGCGACCUCCCCAGCCCCGCAUACGAAUGCGGCAGAAGAUGAACGCCUGCGCGCGCUGGGCUAUGCGCCUCAGUUCCGGCGCGAGAUGAGCCUGUAUGGCGUUCUAGGCAUAUCCUUCUGCGCCAUCGGCAUCUUGACCGGAAUGUCGAGUGCUUUCCAAACGGGCUUGUUCUCGGGCGGACCGCUCGGGCUGUUUUGGGGGUGGAACAUAUGCAGUCUAUUCAUGUUCCUCAUAGCUCUGAGUCUCGCCGAGAUAUGUUCUGCGUACCCGACUAUGGGCGGCUUGUACUUUUGGGUUUGCAAGAUGAAGCCAGAUGCGCCCUUCCUUGGAUUUUCUACAGGAUGGCUCUAUACGAUUGCUAUGAACUUUACCGGAACGUCUGGAAACUUGAGCACAGCGCUCUACAUUGCAUGUCUUGCCGAGAUUGGCACGGGUAGAACUCUUUCUCGCGUCGAGAUCGCGGCUAUAGCAUGGGGGAUCAACAUCCUCUCGGGCAUCAUCAAUACAGUCGGAACCAAGGCCAUUGGGCGUAUGAGCGCGUUCUGCGUAUGGUGGACGCUGGGAGGAACGGUCUUGAUCGUCGUUGCUCUGCUUGUGAAGGCGCCAACGAAGAACACCGGCUCUUUCGUAUUCACCGACCUAGAAAAUUUCACGGGGUGGGAGAGCAAGGGAUUUGUCGUACUCCUGGGUUUUCUUCAGGCUGUGUACACGCUCGAAGGCUGUGAGACCGCCGCACAGGUUGCCGAAGAGGCUGUCGACGCCGCCCGCCUUGCACCGAUAGCCGUCGUGGGCUCCAUCGCGGGCUCAUGGCUCAUCGGGCUUGCGUAUCUCCUCGCACUGCUCUUUUCGAUCCAAAGCAUCGCGGCGGUUCAAGCAUCUACGCUAGCUCUGCCCAUUGCGCAGCUUUACCUCGACGCUGUCGGCCGCGCGCUCGCACUGACCUGCAUCGCCGUCGUUAUGCUCGCACAGUUCAUGGCCGCCGUCACCGCUUUCACUGCCAGCUCUCGGUUGUACUAUGCCCUUGCCCGUGACAAUGCCGUCCCUCAAGCACUCCGCGGCCCCUUCAUGGCGCUUAACCGUACCCAGGCCCCCUAUGUUGGCGUGUGGUUGAGCGUACUUGUCGGUUGCGCUAUAUCUUGUGCGUACAUUGGCUCCGCCAUCGCAUUCAACGCGAUCCUCUCGUCCGCAGCCAUCGCGGUCAUGCUCUCUUACCUCCAGCCUAUCAUCAUACGCGUCUUCUGGCCAUCAGCGAUGCAGGAACGUGGUCCGUUCACCUUAGGCAGGUGGUCUUGGACGGUGAAUGUACUGAGCAUGCUCUUCACCGUAUUCGUCUGCGUGCUCUUUGUGCUACCGACCGCGCGUCCAGUCACGGCGCAGAACAUGAACUACGCAAUCGUAGCCGUCGGAGGAAUCAUCGUGCUCGUGGUCCUUGCUUGGUUCGGAUGGGGCCGGCACUCGUUCAAGGGACCGGUGGCUACCGCUGCGCUGGAGCAACAAGAGCACGAACGUGAGCAGACGAUGUAUGGGGAGAAGGAGCCAAUCGCCGCUGUAGAUGAAGUCUGA